CACAUGUGUGUAUUAGCGGAAUUACUCAGCUGUAGAAUGGUUAUGUAUAUCUGUCAAUUAUGGUGACCAUUUUGUACAGCGUUGUAAACAUGGACGUCACCACUGGUUUGGUGUUUAUUAUGGUCUUCUUGCUGGUGCAUAAACUAUUCAGGGUACGACAGUUACAUGUAUCAAUGCAGAAAAGUCUGCCUCCAUGUCCGUCGUUCUGGCUGCCGGUCGUCGGCCAUUUACCAUUACUGGCUCAGAGAGACUUGCUGGAAACACUGAACAUACAAAGACAGAAGCUAGGAGAUAUCUACCGCCUGGAGAUUGGGAGUACCACCGUGGUUGUUAUUAGUAGUUACCGACUCCUGUACAGUGCCUUCAUCAACAACGCCGACAUCUUCUCGGAUCGUCCACACACGGUUUUCAUGGAAUUAUGUAAAGAUAAUGGUAUAAUUCUUCUCAAUGGCCCAAAAUGGAAGAAACAAAGACAAAUGGUGCUGAAAAACUUCAGAUAUUUUUGUUCAAGAACAACAAUAUUGGAGACGAUUAUUCAUAAGCAAAUACAUCGUUUCCUUGACAACAUUGCUGCUCUUGGUGGUGGGACUGUGGACCCUACACAACUUCUAACUGACGCCAUUUCCAGCGUAGUUGGAGAGGUUAUGAUUGGCAAGGUACUGGAUACAGGCUCUAACGAAUUCAAAAACUAUGUCUCCGACCACAAUGAUGUGGUCCAUUCAACUGCGAAAGCAGUCAUUCUAGACUUCCUGCCCUUCCUUCGAUACUUCCCGCUGGAUUUGUUUCGUCAUACCAGAGUAGAGGAUCUCCACCUCAAAACUACAUUAUUUGUACAGAAAAUGAUUGACGCGAAAAGACAAUUGGGUUUGGAGAAGGGGGAAGCACCUGAUCUGAUGGAAGCGUACCUCAAAUGUCACGGCGGCGUUGAAGCGGACGAAGAACAAGUGAUCCAGACGAUUUCUGACAUGUUUGCCGCGGGACUGGAGACCACAGUAAGUACGCUGCGUUGGGCGCUGGUAUACCUCACUCAGUACCCGGAUGUCCAGGCACGUCUACAACAAGAGGUAGACCACGCUCUCCCACCAGGGACCCUCCCUUCCAUGGCUGACAAAGGGGCAAUGCCAUAUGUCGAGGCAUUCGUUAUGGAACUUCUUCGACAUGCGAAUGUUGCACCGGUCGGUCUUCUUCAUUCUGUUACAAGUGAUACAACCCUUGACGGAUACUUUAUACCGAAAGGGACAACCAUAAUACCAAACAUUGACUCUGUACUGAAAGAUCCAGACAAUUUCGAAAAUCCGCAUGAAUUUAAACCAGAACGCUUUAUAAAUGGAGAAGGGAAAGUUUUUAAACCGGAAACAUUUAUUCCAUUUUUCUUCGGGAAACGGUUAUGUGUUGGUGAGCAGAUUGCUCGGACGAACCUGAUGUUGUUUCUUACGUCAUUGGUACAAGGAUACACGGUGACACGUGAUGGCACAGACCCCGUCCGCGGAGCCUUAAAUAUCACCUACUGUCCAAGCAACUUCAAAGUCUGCUUCCACAAACGAGAACUCGCUGGCUAAUGGAGCAUAUAAACACGUGUUCCAUUCUUAUAUGGCAAAAAAUGCUGAUGUUAUGGCGUAGUCAUACAUAUUAUUCAGGUGGACCAAUGUCAUUCAUUUUACCACCGGUUUGAACGGCUAGAGAGUGGAUGGAAACGAUCACUGCUACGAUUUUCACGCAGAACAGUGAACAGGUUAUGACGAUUUCAUAAUUAUUUCUUUUGUAGUCACUUUUUGAAGUAUUAUUAAUUAAAAUUUUGUGUGCAAGCCAUCACUAAUGUGCAAAUAAAAUGGAUAGGACUUGGUGAUGUUGAUAAAGGUCAUUUCGAUGACUUCAUAUAUACGAUAGAUGGUAUAAUGAAUGACCUGUAAAUACAACCGAAGUUUAUUUCUCUUUCUAUUAAUUUUCAAAGUCUUAUUCAACCAUCCGUUACCACUGCGGUUUCAUGGAUUAGUUGAACAAAGCAAGGAAUGACUCAUGAAUGAUUGACUUUGCAACCAUUUUGGAAUCUACGAUGGAUUUGUUAGCGCACAGUUAAAUUGAUACUUCCAAAGAGGUUCCUCCACAAGAACACUGCUAAAAUUUCAGAGAUGUGCCAUUGUUUUGGAGUGAUUACUUUUCUUUAACUAAACUCGUAUUCUCUCUCUUGCUAUACUCCUUGUUUCUUCAUCUUCAUUCAUAAUUAUCAGUACUCCUAGUGCUGUAGAGUUCUUCAAGUUGGUUUCCUCAUUUGUUUCCAUAUUUAAGUAUGAUCUUCUAUCUAACCUCGACCACUAUGAAAGAUUUCCUUCUGGUACAGUUGUCUGUAUCACAAGUCUUUACUGAAUCAUAAUAGACACCUAUCCAAUCUGCUGGGUUUCACUACACAUAAUAAUACCAUGGAAACUAGCACCAACAAAAGAUUCCCAAGUGAUGAAGAGAUGCAUGGCACAAUGCACUUCCUGUACGUCUUUAUGUGAAGAAGAUGACGACAUACAUCGACUUUACCUUUCAGUCUCACCAUCUCUUACCAGACGAUUUGUAUUUAAGUUGCUUAAACAUGUAAUUGAAUUGUCAGAACAAAAAGCCAAGGGCAAGGUCACUUUCCUGGCGCCGUGAAAAAGUUUGGAUAUCGUAGUUAUGCACUCAAGCGGGUAAGUCAACAACUCGACGAAAGCAAAGUAACGAUGAGCCGCUCUGUCCCGAUGUAGACCACAUUCAUCAUUUACACAAAUUCAGCGCUUUUGCCCAACUGUAAUGCUUUAGACCAAACUCUAUAAGCCGUUAUAGACUAUUGGUGAUUUAAAUACAGGUACGGACGCCUUCACCAUAGCAUAAGCUCACCGGUCUUUUGGAUCAGGUGGAGUCGUUACGAAUUUCCGUUGGGUAAGGCCAAAGUUUGACUGGUGUGGUGGAUAUGAUGUCAUGCCAACAAUAUACGCUAGUGCGGACAAUAUACAAGAAAUCUUGAGUGGGGUCUUGGCGCCCACCAUUGAAUAAUCUUUAUUGGCUCUAUGUCACACUGAUCUUCUUUCCGGUUUUUUUUUCUGAUCAAAAAUCUAAAUUGAAUUGGUGCAACUACGGGCCCAGGGGGACAUAUGAAGUUAGGGGAAUAUCCCUCCCGUACUUUUCAGAAAUGACAAUAAUACUAAUUGUUUAUGGACGGACAGACAGGGGCCGGGGACGCAAGGAGAUUUGAACAGCCAACCAUAUGUGGGCUAAAAACUCAUUGUCUUUAUUGUUCAUUAACUUUAUUUCACAUGCUUAAUACAAAAGGGUAGGUGAGUAAAGCAAAGGGUACAUGGGUUCAAAAGUUAUAAAGUUUUUAAAUGUCAUAAAUAAUCUCCACAGUUUGAUCAAUGACUGAACCUAUCACAGAUCGCUUUCCAUACAAUCAUUUAGUCUUUGUCAAUAUCCAAUAUCACAGUUUCGUGGGUAAUGCUAUCUCCGGAUACCCACAGCUGAUUGUACACUAUGCUAGGCUACACCUGGUGAUAAGUGUAGCAUAGCGUAGUGCAAUCAACCGUGCGUAUCUGACAAUGAUGUAAUAUGAUAAUAUGAACAUGUGAAGCAUGACUUCAGCAAGGAAAGGAAGCCUACAGUACAAUACUAAAUGGUGAGGAUAUUAUGUAUCAAUAAUUUAAUCACGAUUGAUCAAUCGCUCAAGAGGAAAAAAUGUAUUACAUAGAUAAAUGUACGAGACUGAUUAUCUGCAGGAAACAUGGAAAUAAAAACAAAUGACUGAUUCAGAUGUCUGUAUGAAAUGUCUGUAUGAAACGUACAUGGAAAUCAACUUGUUCAGAUGUCUGUAUUAACUAUUUAAAUGGAAAUCAAAUGACUGGUUCAGAUAUCUGUAUAAAACAUUUACAUGUACACGGAAAUCAAAUGACUGGUUUAGAUAUCUAUGAAACAUUUACAUGGAAAUCAAAUGACUGGUUCAGAUAUCUGUAUCAAACAUUCACAUGGAAAUCAAAUGACUGGUUCAAAUAUCCGUGUGAACUAUUUACAUGGAAAUCAGCUGGUUCAGAUAUCUGUGUGAAUUAUGCAAAUGAAAAUCAAAUGACUGGUUCAAAUAUCUGUGAACUAUUUACACGGAAAUCAAAUGACUGGUUCAGAUAUCUGUAUAAAACAUUUACAUGGAAAUCAAAUGACUGGUUCAAAUAUCUGUGUGAACUAUUUAAACGGAAAUCAAAUGACUGGUUCAGAUAUCUGUAUAAAACAUUUACAUGGAAAUCAAAUGACUGGUUCAGAUAUCUGUAUAAAACAUUCACAUGGAAAUCAAAUGACUGGUUCAAAUAUCUGUGUGAACUAUUUACACGGAAAUCAAAUGACUGGUUCAGAUAUCUUAAAAGAAACCAGAACACUGAAUGGCAGGGUGCCUGACCCAACAUUCCCCUUUACCAAAGCCGUGAGGAGGAAGACUCGCCUGUCUGGAAAACAUCAGACCAACAGAACUCUUCAUACACUUCGUCUGAUUUGCUGAACAAUGACAUCAUCCACAUAUUGACUAAGUUUGAAGGAAAUCUAGUUAAAAACAAGAGGCCAAGAGGUCCUGUAUUGCUGACCUUGUUAAUUUGACCACAUAUUGACUAAGUUUAUAUAUGGUAAUGGGGUAAGAAUCUCAGCUGAUUCAAAGAUGCGACCCAGUAACACAGUCCAGUCUCAAGAUGAUUGUGGUUAAAGAAACUAAGUCCCUUGGGGGGG